UGAAUUAAUGAAUUUUAUCUAAAUUAUUUAUUUAGGACAAUAGAGAGAGUUAGCUGAUUCUACUGUUCAGUUCGGUUAAGUGGCAACGAUGGAUAAUACACACAGUGUUUGAAGAGCAAUCGCGCCAGACUUGGCCAGAACUUCUGAGUCGAAAGUAGUAGCUUUUAUAAUUUCUGGUCAAUUAUAGAGUAAGACAGCUUAAAUAUGGCGGAAGAAGCAGUGAAAAUGAAGAAGCAGUUGGGUCUUCUAGAAGGAGUAGCUAUAAUCUUGGGCAUUAUAUUUGGAUCUGGUAUUUUCAUAUCGCCUAAAGAGGUGUUGGAGAGCACUGGGUCAGUGUGGGGGGCGCUGACGGUGUGGGCCGCCUGCGGGGUGCUGGCCACCCUCGGAGCUCUCUGCUAUGCGGAACUGGGAACAACACUGGCGCAGAGUGGAGGCGACUACCAUUACAUAAAUGAGGCAUAUGGACCACUGCCAGCUUUCCUUUAUCUAUGGGAUGCCAACUUAGUUUUUGUUCCAAGUACAAACGCCAUAAUGUCCCUGACGUUUGCCAACAACAUUCUGGGCCCACUGUUCCCCAACUGCGUCAUAGAUCCUCUCUGCAGGAAACUGGUAGCCGCUGCCACCAUAUGUCUCCUCACUUUCAUCAACGCCUACGAUGUGAGGUUCACAACCAAAGUGCAGAAUGUGUUCAUGUUUACAAAAAUCAAGGCUUUAGUGGUGAUCAUCAUUGGAGGGAUUGUCUGGAUGGCCAGAGGCGGCGUUGAGAACUUCGAGGAUGGCUGGGCCGGCACCAAGACUUCGGUCAGUGAUUGGUCCAUCGCGUUCUACUCGGGCAUCUUCUCUUACUCUGGAUGGAACUACCUGAACUUCAUGACGGAAGAGCUGAAGGACCCGUUCGUGAACCUCCCGCGCGCGAUCUACGUGUCCCUGCCGAUGGUCACCGCGAUCUACCUGCUGGCCAACGGCGCGUACCUGGCCGUGCUGGGGCCCGUGGGAGUCAGGGCCACUGAGGCUAUCGCUGUGGACUUCGCGAUCGCAGCGCUGGGCUUCCUCCGCUACAUCAUGCCAGUUGCCGUCGCCAUUGCCAUCGUGGGCGGUCUGUCCGUGCACAUCAUGACGUCAUCACGAAUGUGCUUCGCCGGCGCCCGCAAUGGGCACAUGCCCGAGUUGUUGGCGCAUAUCAAUGUGAAGUGCUACUCGCCGCUGCCUUCACUUGUGUUCCUUAUGCUGAUCUCCCUGCUGAUGCUCAUCCCGGACAACCUGACCUCGCUCAUCACGUACUGCACGGUGGUGGAGUCGUUCUUCACCACGCUGAGCUGCAGCGCUGUCCUGUGGCUGCGGUACAAGCGGCCCCACAUACCGAGGCCUAUCCGGGUGAGCACCUGGAUCCCCGUGACAUUCGUGCUGGUCUCCGGGGUGCUGCUCGUGGUGCCGGUGCUAGCCCAGGGCUGGGCGGUGCUAGCCGGGGUGCUGAUGACCCUGGCCGGGGUGCCGGUGUACUACGCGCUUGUAGCUAGUGAUGUGAAGGCCGUGAGGAGUGUGGCUACUAAAUUUACGCACGUGUGCCAAAAACUAUUUUUAUCAGCGGUGGAAGACAAGGACGACUGAUCACCAUUACCAAAUAAUAGGCCAAUUGACUGACAAAGAAACUCCAAAAAGAUCUGAUUCGCAUAAGCUUUCAUAAGGUAAUGUUUUUACAUAGGUUAAAAGGUUGGUACAGUAGUGUAAACGAACGCAAC